AUGUUGCCUGCACAUGACUCUGCAACAUGUUCAAAUCCGUCAAACAACCACAUGACGACUACUACGACUCGGAAUGUUCAUGAUGAUCAUGAAGAGAAUAGAAAUAAAACAAUCCUACCAUUCCCGUUAUUGGAGGAUGAAUCAAAGCCAACAUUAAAGGAUUGGUUUACAGCAACCUUGUCGGAAAGAACAUUCAAAUAUGAAUAUAAGAAUCGUUCCGAAGAGAGUGGAAAAAGCAAUAAAUUGGUUCCAAUGCCGAGAGGUGAUGAUCAGUGCUCUUUGAACCAUAUUUUGAAUCAGGUACUCUUUCAAAACGAUCAUAGAAAAUCAAGUCAUCAAGAAAAAUAUUAUUUGAAUUUAUUCUUUGAUUUAAUUGAACAUUCAGGGAAAAAACAUAAUAAUUCAAUAUUUUGUGAAGGAGUAGUUAUUGUUGGAGGAAUGAAAAGUUGGGGAUCUUCUGAAUUUUACAAUCAAAAAUCUUCGAGGUCGGAAUCACAAACUAAUUUUCAUAUUGAGGAAGUAUUUUGGCUCUCUCCUAGUGACUCUAAAUUAGCACCAUGUCCCCUAUUCAACCGUCUCAAUCUUGAACGAGUCAAUGCAAAAAUUAUUGAUGAAUAUAAGGUAGACACUUCCAAGAGGCAUAAUAAGGAGGAAUAUUUUAAUGAUUUUUUGUUUGCCAUCGUGGUUGAUAAUGACAGAGAUUCCGAAACCGUAACAUUAAGCCAUCAAUUUGAAGAACACUUGACAGAUUUUGUGACAUUUCCUGUUCACACUCUUCUCUCUACUCAACCACCUUGUUACAAUUCUCUUCGAGAUCGAGAAGAAGUUUUGAAAAAACCUUUCAACAGCAUAUUGGAAAGAAAGAGUUGGUUUAUUGACCCACUAGAAUCUCAUAUAUUAUUGGAACGAUUUUUUAGGGAACCCCUUAUUUCUUCAUCGAUAGAGAAUCAUUCACAAAAUACUAUUCAAGAAAAUCGUGCGAAUGAACUGAUUCAACAGAUGCAAUCGUCGUGGCUGGAUGAAACUAUCAAGAACAACACUGAAAAUUAUCAAUCCCUUAGAAAAAAGCAAGACUCUCGAUACAGCGUUCGUUGUGUUUUAAAAGGAGUUGACUAUGCCAAACAAAAGAAUUUCGAAAAAGCUCUCGAUUGUUACCAUGAUGCCUUACAUUACGAUGAAAAGAAUGUGGAUGCCAUUGUAGGAAUUGGUAGUGCUCUCUACAAUCAAAAACAAUAUCAUAGGGCUCUUGAUGAGUUUAUCAACGCCCUCCAUAUCGAUCCUAAUCAUGAAAUUGCUCGACAAUAUCUCGAAAAAACAAGGGUAAAAUUAGAGAGUCUUGUGAAGGAACGCGAACAACAGAAUCGAAAGAGAAAAUUCCAUGAAGAAUACUCGUAUCAAGAACAACAAAGAAUGCAACAUUUGAGUAGAAUGAAUGAGCACUAUUAUACGUCUUCCUCUUCAACUGUGACACAACAUCCUGAUCGUACGAGUUUCGCUCAUAAUUAUUCCAUCGAUAAUAGGACCGCAACUUCUCACUCCAUCCAUCCUCAACAACAACAGCACCAACAAUCCUCAACUGUUCAUGCAAGAGGUGCGCCCCGUGCUUUGGAAUCAACUCUCAAGAAAAUUCUCAACUCACCAGAAAAGAAAACCAAACGAUAA